AUGGCCGAUCCGACUCCCGCUAUCGCGCACCUCCGCAACAACUCAUGGGCAAAUAACCUAAUCUCCUCAGCCGACUACACACCAAUUCAAACAGACUCGCGGCGCUUAAAGCCCACAACUGGGGAGGAUGGCUACUUCGCACAAACCCUUAAUACCCCCACCACAAUCCCUCACUGCCUAACCCUGCAACGGUGCAACAUCACACCCGCACCUGCAGAAGCCCCCACCUGGCUCCCCGCAACAAAACAAGAUGCCGCAGCUGCUGUAAAGCCCACCCCGGGCUUGAAUCCUGCGGAUAUCAUUAUGAUCUUCGAUCUCAGCAGCCCUGGUCUGUCCGGCCACCCGUCCACCGUGCACGGUGGCAUUGUCGCGACACUGAUUGACGAGGCCAUGUCCCUCGCUGUCGCGGCGCAUACAAAUGCGCCCAGUGCGCUCAGCACGACUGAGGAUAACCCGCGCGGGAAUAUCUUUACCGCACAACUGGAUGUCAGGUAUAAGAAGAGGGUGGCUACGCCUGCUUUGCUAGUCAUCAAGGCGCGAGUUGUUGGGAGGGUCGGGAAGAAAUUUUGGGUACGGGCGCAGGCAUUGCAGGAGGAUGAGGAGGGUGCUGGGGGACAUUUGGAGUGGGCUAAGAGGAAGGUUGUCAAGGCUGAUGCUAUGGCAUUUUGGAUUGUGACCUCUGACUCGAAGUUGUGA